GCGCCUUUGAAUUUAAGAUUUUCUUCUCCGUGGAUUAACUUCACAGAAAAUCAUAGUUCAUAAGACGUAGAAAGAAGAAGAGAAAAAAAUAGCGAAAGAAAAAUGCACGAUUUCUGUUUAACAAUUCCGUACGGAUUGGUGUUGAUCGGUGGAGGACUGUUCGGUUUCAUUCAAAAAGGAAGCACCGCUUCUCUUGCCGGAGGCGUCGGCUCCGGUUUGUUUCUCAUCAUCGCCGGUUAUCUCAGUCUCACUGCCUUCGGAAAGCGAAAGAAUUCUUACCUUGCACUCGCUAUCGAGAUCCUUAGUGCAGCUGUACUAACUUGGAUCAUGGGACAGCGUUACAUUCAAACAUCCAAGAUUAUGCCUGCUGGUGUUAUAGCAGGACUCAGUGGUCUCAUGACUCUGUUUUAUCUCUACAAACUAGCAACUGGUGGCAAUCAUAUACCUGCUAAGGCUGACUGAUGAUAAUACAUAUAUGUUGGGUGACCUGCAUGACUUAGAUGAUUGGGAUAUAUAUCAUUGUACUUAGUGAUUUCAGAGUAUGUAA